CUUCGUCAUGGCUAUCUACAAUUGAACCUCUACUCACAGACAGACUUAUCGGGAAGGCAGUCGGACAUUCCUAUUAAUACUUGAAGUCGUGCUAUAAUAACUAGAGUCAUUUCAAACGCGAAACUUAUCGCAUCUUUGAACAUCACGAGCUGACCUACCAGGAUGGUGGUCGUUGCAGUUCAACAAAUUGUCACCUUCUUGCUGGUCCUGUCGGCUGAGGCUUUCAUAUUUGAAUCAGAUGCUUGCAAUCGAUAUCAUGACUAUGCAGACUUAAUUAGCCUGGCUCAUGUUGAAAAUUGUCUCAGUGUUGAUCAAGUAUUUAGUAAACUGAAGCGUCUUGGCGACUUUCAAAACCAAGACUGUUUUAGACACGUUCUAAACCAAAUGGGAGACAGAUACGGUGUUUCGGUCAGUAUACCCGAAGAUUGCCAAUGUAACGGCACCAACACCUUGCUAACGUAUGAAUAUCACGUGAUUCAAGGGACGGCAGACUAUAGACAUUACUGCAUGGAACAUGACCUACACUACAGAGCACUGUUUGAUGCAUUUUUCAAAGAUAACGGGAAUCUAGCACCAGCUUGUCGAUCGCAUCAUUCGGUGUGGUAUGAUCUUUCAAGAAUACAAGAUAACACAUGUGCAAGGGAUUUGAUAUACCACUUAAAAUACGCGUUUGACCGUCACCCUAGUCAGUGCUCUUGUCAACAAAGUCUUCAGUAUGGCGACCCAAACAACUGCCCUCAGUUUCACAGUUACCAGGCGUUGCUCCGUCUCAAGGAUGCCGAGUUGUGUACCAGCAAAAAUUCACAGUGGGAUCUGUUACAUGACCUUGAACUUAGAAGCCCGGUGUGCCGCAAGGAUAUCAUCACCGACCUUACCAUGCACUUCAAAAACGCCUUGGCAGUGGAUCCAUGCACAUGUUAUUCUGUUGCGUCGAUAUCAAACGAAGAACCUUUGUUAGAAGCGGGACAACUAUACCAAUGCUCUGGUGUUCGUGACAGCAGCUAUAAUGAUCUACGGCAAUCAUCGUUUGGCGGAGCAAGCAACACAGGUUGUGCCACCCACUAUCACCUUUGGCAGCAGUUGCAAGACAUACACGAUUACUAUGGAUACGAUUGCACAAAGGACUUUAUACUCAGAGCCGCAAAUAAAUACCCAAGUUCCGCAAAAGAUCCAUGCCAAUGCUCAGGUUCCCUACCUACAACAACAGCAACAACAACAACAACAACAACGACUACUACUACUUCAGAUUCGCUUACAACUACACAGUACAGCUCAUUACUAACGUCAACAACUUCGUCGCAAGCGCUUACUAGUACAGCUCCACAGUACAAAUUCCAGUGCCGCAAGUACGACCUAGUUGCAGACAUAGCUACUGCUACUUACGUGCACACAAAUGGUUCAACAUCAUGUGGCAGUAAAGUAUCUGGUACAAAUGAGGACUUGGUGCUCGCGUUGUGCAACAUGACGUCAAUAGACACGUGGUCACGAGGGGUCCAGGUGAUAAGUAAUUGUGAUAGUAUCCCGCACUAUUCCCCGGUUUCUACAUUCGGUGCCGCGGGAAAUUACAAACCUCUGGACGCCCAGUCCGGGAUCUUCUUGGAGUGUAUACCAAAUGGGUUCAAGAUGGCCAUCCAGCCUUGCACUGGCGGACCUCAGAUCGUUCACGUGGAGACGAACGGACUGUUCUACAACAACGCCUCGAACUACUACAUCGUGGUGUAGUGAUUCCAUCGUCAGGCAUUUUGAAUUGGUUUUGAACCUGUUUUUCCUAACUGUGUGUUGUAUCAAAAAAUAUGAAUAAUAACAGUGAAACCGUU